AUGAAAAACCCGCCUGCCAAGUGUGGCAAAGUCGCCCCUAUAAGCUUAGGUCUUCCCCUGAAAUCCAAAGUACAAGAGGCUCUACCAGAAAUAAAAGCAGCAGCAGGAGAAGCAAUUGAUGUUUUAUUUGGAGACGAUAACUAUAUUGCUUUGCAAGCUGGUCCAUUCCUCAAGGAAUUUUUCGAUCAGACCUCAAUGGUCUUAGCUGGAAAUGAAACUCAGAGGCUAAGGAUCUACUCAGCUCACGACGUUAGCGUCUAUUCCUGGAUGGCAGUGUCUCGAGUGAGACCGAAACAAGGAGUGCCACCGUACAAUGCAGUUUUCGCUCUGGAAUUAAGGAGAGUGGUUAAAACUGGGCAAUUUGUUGUUUUGCCAGUAUACGUCAGUUCACCAGGAGAACCGAUAAAAUACUUACAAGUAGAAGAUUGCUGUUCAGACCUGUGUGAUAUAUGCACGUUUAGAGAACUCACUGCACCUUAUAUGCUCGACGUGAAGGAAUGGAGAAUAAAGUGUGAUUUUGACGAAGAUAUGGAAGUUGAUGAAUCGAAUAUAUAA